CGCUCGGGUUGAGUUCCCUACAUUUGUGCAAAGAUCCUAUAGCAAUCUGUGCAUUUGUGUGUCCAAAGCCGACAGACGAAAUGCCUGACGCACCGAAAGUGAAAGUGGCCAAGAAGGGCGCCAAGAAAGCCGUGUCCAAACCUGCAGGCAAAGCGGGUAAGAAGCGCAGGAGGUCGAGGAAGGAGAGUUACGGCAUCUACAUCUACAAAGUGAUGAAGCAGGUUCACCCCGACACCGGCAUCUCCUCCAAGGCCAUGAGCAUCAUGAACUCGUUCGUCAAUGAUAUUUUCGAGCGCAUCGCGGGUGAGGCUUCCCGCUUGGCUCAUUACAACAAGCGAUCGACCAUCAGCUCCCGGGAGAUCCAGACCGCCGUGCGCCUGCUGCUGCCCGGGGAGCUGGCCAAGCACGCCGUGUCGGAAGGGACAAAGGCGGUGACCAAGUAUACCAGUUCGAAGUAAAGAUUCUCAAUCCUGAUGAACCGAAAUUCCAAAGGCUCUUUUAAGAGCCACCCACAAUCUCACUGAAAGAGUUGUAGCUUUAUUUCGACAUCGAAUUGUUGCAGAAUUGUAUGGGGACUUUUGGAAACACAGGUACAAUAUGUUGAAUUGUGAUUAUGUUUAUCAAACUGCGGCCCGAUUGUUCCCUGAAUGCCGCUUUUCCUGAGAUCACAACAGGUUCAGUCACAGAAUCACUUGACGCCGUAAUCUCGCAUCCGAAUUCGCUUUAUGAACUGACCCGACAUAAUUUAACGCUGUGUUAUUUACACAGAAACCCGCCCGCUGUUAUAAUCCGUGAGACGCAUUUGCUCCGUUCGAUUACCAGUUAAUGGAGAUAGAAGAUUAAAUUGACGAGCGAAAUGGGGUACGCAAAAUCUGAGUUCUCGAAAAAC